ACUGAGACGGGCUGACAUGGCGACUUGCUGAUCUCCAGCGUGCGGGGGGUUUGUUGUGGCCGCGAGUCGCUUCUCCAUAAGUUUCAUUUGACUAGAUUUAAAGCCGAUAUGCGGCUGUAUAUCAAAUGUUUCACGUGUCCUUUUGUUGAAGAAGAGGUUAGCUUACGAAUACAGUAAUACACAGCAGAGCUUGGAGUGAAAACUUUGCCUCCGCCGGUUUGUUUUGAGAGGGGUGUGAGGGGAGAUAUGCUAUGAGUGCUCUGCAGCAGAAUGAGCGCUGCUCCUGACUCUCCACAUGGAAACGAAGACUACUUCAUCCAGCAGGAAAACGAGCUCGAAGCGCUUGCCUCAAUAUUCGGAGAUGAUUUUAAGGACAUCCGGCCUCAACAUCCGUGGAAGAUUAAAUGUCCUCCGGAGAUGUACCUGUAUUUGAGACCCAAAGGGCUGAGUUAUGGCCAAGAGUGUUACGUGACCGUGGACUUGCAGGUCAAAUGUCCACCAACAUAUCCUGAUGUGCCUCCAGAGCUUGAGCUGAAAAACACCAAAGGUCUCUCCAAUGACAAGCUUCAGAAACUCCAGACUGAGCUCACCAAACUGGCCUUGGAUAGAUGUGGUGAGGUGAUGAUCUAUGAGCUAGCAGACUUUGUGCAGGGUUUUCUGACAGAGCACAAUGUUCCUCCUUCUCGCUCCUUCCAUGAGGAGAUGCUGAAGAAUCAACAGCGGCAGCAGGAGAGACUGGCCUUGGAGGAGCAGCAGAGGAUUGACCAGCGCCGCAAAAAGGAGGAGCAGAUGCAAAAUGAAAUCCUUGCUGAAAUCCAGAGACGAGAAGAGGAGAGACGAGAGGAGAGGAGGAAGAAAGAAAUGGCCAAGCUGGAACGUUUGGAGACUGAGGUGCAACCUACUGUAGGAAGCCCAACUAUGAACAGUGCCACUUCCCCUGGACCUCCCAUUGAGAGUUUUGAGCACAAAAAGGUUGUAUCUAACAGGCGUCGGACCACGUCCAACAGCAGACACAGGCGAGACACUUACAGUGAAGAUAGCCCAUGUCUUCAUGAAGUCCUUCACUUCAGUAGUACUGCCAUGGGAGAGGUCAUUGUUCACAGAGGGAGAUGUAUAGGUGAGAGUGAGAGACUGGGCCGGAGUGUUUAUCAUGCCCUCAAUGCUGCAUCUGGAGAGUUUGCUGUUGUGUACGAGUGGAUUCUUCGCUGGAGCAAAAAGAUUGGCAAGUUCUUUACCAGCCAGGAGAAGGAGAAGAUCGAGAAGUGCAAAAAGCAGAUUCAUGGUGCUGAGAGUGAGCUGAACUCUCUGCUGAAGCUGGACCACCCCAACCUGGUACGCUACCAAGCCCUGAGCUGUGCUGAGCGCGAAGACUGCUUGGUGGUCAGUCUCCUGGCUGAGUAUGUGCCGGGCAGCAGCCUGGCCCACAGCCUGUCCACCAGCACUCCAGUGCCUGUAGAUCAACUUCGCCACCACGCCACCCAGCUUGUUGCUGCCUUUAACUACCUCCACUCAAACUCAGUGGUCCACAAGCAGCUCACAGCCUCAUCCGUGCUUCUGGAUCCGCAGGGCAACAUCAGGCUGACGGACUACAGCCUGACCAAACGGUUAACUGAUGUUUGCAAGGAGGACGUUUUCGAGCAGGCUCACGUUCGCUUCAGUGAGGAUGCAAUACCCACACGGACGGGAAAGAAAGGGGACAUCUGGAGCCUUGGUCUUCUUCUUUUGGCACUUUGUCAGGGACGGGAGGUCAAGGAAUACCCAGUUACUGUCCCUUCCAGCCUUCCCACUGACCUUCAGGACUUCCUCAAGAAGUGUGUGUGUCUCAACGAUGCUGACCGCUGGACCACUCAGCAGCUGUUGGAGCACUCCUUCCUCCGACCACCCUCGCCUAAGAGCCUUCCUCCAUGUCAAGAGCUGAGCCCAGAAGACAUGGGUGUGGAUUUUGCAUCUACAGUUAUUCCGCGUGGUCCCCUUCUCGGUGGCCCUUUCAGUACGGUGGUACAGAAACAGUUUUCUCGUUACUUCACUGAGUUUGAGGAGCUGCAGCUGCUGGGAAAAGGUGCUUUUGGAGCAGUCAUCAAGGUCCAAAACAAGCUGGAUGGCUGCUACUAUGCGGUCAAACGGAUUCAGGUUAAUCCAGCCAGUAAGCAGUUCCGCCGUAUCAAGGGUGAAGUGACCCUCCUCUCGCGCCUCAACCAUGAGAACAUUGUCCGUUACUACAACGCCUGGAUUGAGCGACAUGAGGCACCCUCCACAGGUGUGCUGAGCAAUGAGAGUUCUGAACCUCAGAGCACUCCUGAGGGGCCAGCUCUAGCAAGACGCGUCAAUGAGUUCGGUCUCCUCGACAACAUUGAGGAUGAUGCACCUCCACCAGCAUUAGCCAGCUCAGUGGAGUGGAGCACCUCUCUAGAGAGAUCAUCCAGCGCCAAGUGUAAUGUUGCUGACUCCAGCGAUGAUGAUGAUGACGACGAUGAUGAGGAGGCGGAUGUGUUCUGUCCAUCUUUCUUGCCCUCCGACAGCGACUCAGAAAGUGACAUUAUCUUCGACAAUGGCGAUGCCAGCAGAGACCUUCUUGUGGAGGAAGAACUGAGUAAAAGGAAAGGAGUGGACACAACAGAGAGCACUGACUCUGAAAAACCUCCCCUAAUUGCACAUUAUCUGUACAUACAGAUGGAAUACUGUGAAAAAAGCACUUUGAGGGACACAAUUGACGAGGGCCUUCACCAGGACUGCAGUCGCCUCUGGAGACUCUUCAGGGAGAUCCUGGAUGGCCUGGCAUACAUUCAUGAACAGGGAAUGAUUCAUAGAGAUCUGAAACCUGUCAACAUCUUCCUGGACUCUCAUGACCAUGUCAAGAUAGGAGACUUUGGCUUGGCUACUGACCACCCAUCUAAUGUGGCUUCAGGCAAACUGGAGAUUGAGGAUAAUAGUUCAGGUCUGGUCUUGAAAUCAGAUCCAACAGGUAACUUGACUGGCAUGGUUGGUACUGCGCUGUAUGUCAGCCCAGAAGUCCAAGGAAAUACUAAAGCCACUUACAAUCAGAAAGUAGAUCUCUUCAGCUUGGGGAUCAUCUUGUUUGAGAUGUCCUACCGACCAAUGACUACAGCUUCUGAGCGUAUAUCUGUCCUCAGCCAGCUCAGAAAGGAGUCAAUUGACUUCCCUGAGGACUUUGGUGACUAUGAGAAUGGAACUCAGAAGAAAGUGAUUUGCUGGCUGCUGAACCAUGACCCUGCCCUGCGGCCCACGGCAGUGGAGCUUUUGAAGAGCGAUCUCCUACCCCCUCCUCAGAUGGAGGAAUCAGAGCUGCACGAGGUGUUGCAACACACCAUGGCUAAUGUCAUGGGCAAGGCCUACCGCACCAUGGUCAGCCAGCUGUUCUCCCAGAACCCCUCUCAUGUCAUGGACUACACAUAUGAUAUUGACAUCCACAAGGGAAGUUUUAAUUUCAACAGUGCCAAACUGCAGCAGUAUGUGUAUGAGACAAUCACAAGGGUCUUCAAAAAACAUGGUGCAGUAAGACUACAGACCCCACUACUCUUGCCCAGAAACAGGAAGUUGUAUGAAGGAUGUGAGCUGGCAUGCUUUAUGGAUCACAGUGGCAUGCUGGUCACCCUGCCCUAUGACUUGCGGGUGUCAUUUGCCAGAUUUGCGGCCAGAAAUAACAUUUCACAUGUUAAAAGGUACAGUAUCGAGCGUGUGUUCAGGCCGCGGAAGCUGGACAGGGCUCACCCCCGAGAGCUGCUGGAGUGUGCUUUUGAUAUAGUGGUGCCUGUGACAGGCAGCCUGCUCCCUGACGCUGAGACCAUUUAUACCAUAUCUGAGAUCAUUCAAGAGUUCAGCGCUCUCCAGGAAAGGAACUACAUUAUCUACCUGAACCACACUAGCCUGCUGCGAGCCAUUUUACUGCACAGUGGAGUGCCAGAAGACAAAUUGAACCAGGCUUCCAAUAUACUAUGUGAUGCCAUGAGUGAAAAGCUGACAAAGCAUGAGGUGGAAGCCAAGUUCUACAACCUGUCCUUGUCCACCAACAGUUUGCAGAUGUUGUAUAGGUUUAUUGAGCAGAAGGGAGAGCUGCAUGAGCUUGUUCCUCUUAUCAACUUGCUGACCAAACAGAAGACUGCAGCGGUCACACAGCUUGCCAAGCAAGGCCUGAAAGACCUGGAGGAGCUUACAGGCCUGCUCAAGAAACUAGGAGUCAAACUACAGGUGGUGGUCAAUCUAGGGCUUGUCUACAAGGUGCUACACCACUGCGGGGUCAUCUUCCAGUUUGUGGCCUUUCUUAAGAAACGCAAGCGCACUGUGCCUGAUAUAGUGGCAGCAGGAGGACGAUAUGACCAUCUGAUCCUAGAGUUCCGUGCCCCAGCAGCCACUGCUCCUGUGCCUUCAGCUGUUGGGGCCAGCAUAGCUCUGGAUAAAAUAUGCACUGCUGUUGCAGCCAUGGAAGAACCACCCCCUGUUAGCUCCUGUGACGUGCUGGUGGUCCCAGUAGGCCACACCUCAUUGGGCAGAACCAUCGGAGUUACCCAGAAGCUAUGGACAGCCGGAGUGUCAGCUAACUUGGUCUAUGACAUGUCACAGUCGCAGGAGACUCUUAUGGAACAGUGCAGACUCGAUGGCAUUACCUUCAUGGUUCUUGUCUCUGACAAAGAAGGCAGCUAUUUUAAGGUGAAAUCUUUUGAGAAGGACCGUCAGUCAGAAAAAAGGAUCCCGGAGUCUGAUCUAGUGGAUCACAUCAUCCAGAAAUGCCGGACCAAAAUCUGUGAGGAGAGGAGCCGAGAGACAUCAGAGGGAGCUUCUCUCCAGAAUCCUAAGGGAUCAUUGCUGGUAAAUUCAGGAUCAUCAGAGCAGCACGGGGGCAGCGCUGCCAUGGGCAUGAACGUGAACCUGGUUACGCCAGAGAAGGUUUCUGCCAGCACACGCCGUCGGUACGAGACACAGAUCCAAACCAGAUUGCAAAAUCUUGGUAGCAAUUUGCAGAACAAGAGUAAUAACAUAGAGGUGCUGGCUGUUGACUUGCCCAAGGAAACCCUCAUCAACUUCCUGUCCCUGGAGUUUGAUGGAGAGGAACAGUUCAACAUGAGUGUCAAAAACUUGCUGUCCCGCCUCCCCAAACAGCGCUACCUGAAGUCCAUCUGUGAGGAGAUAAACCGUUUUAAAUUCAUUAAAAGGGUUGCAGUGGUGGUCUUGUACAGUUACAGAGAUGACUACUACAAGAUUCUUCUAUGAACCUGGUGUCCUGCCCCCAUUUCCCUUAUUGAAAGCAGACUUCUUGAAGGUUUACGGCUUCUCAAAAGAAUGCAAUUCACAUUUCUACACAGAAAUGGUGCCAAAGGAACAAAAGGAUCUUGGUGUGUUAUCAUAGGGUCCAGCACUUACCAACUUUGAAGCUCUGUAGUUUCUACAUAUGGACUCAGAUUUGUCAAUCUUUUAUUUUCUUAAAACAGAAUUUUUAAGGAGGAUUCCAGAAGUGUUAACACAUCACAAUGUAUUAUAAGUGCUGAAAAAGACAAAUUAAAUUAUGUAUUUUCCCUUACCAAAAAAAAGCUGCCCUCUUUGUGUAACUAGGCAGAAGGUUGUGGAAUGGAAUGCUGUAAACAUCUACACUUCAUGCCUCUGUAAGCGGCAUUAAAUACUUUUAGCCUAAUUCUAGUUCAGUCUGUUGGAGUUUCCGCCUUCUCUCUUGGAAACACUGUUAAUGAUGAUUGCCCCAUCAUCCCGACAUCUCCACUGACAGCUGUUAAUUACUGCAUUACUGAGUAAAUAAGGCUGCAAAUCAACGUGCCGAGAUUAAACUUCAGGGGUUUCUGGCAGGAGUCGUAAUUAAAAAAAAUAACAGUUUGAGUACCAUGUGAAAAUGAGGUCAUUCAAAACAGUGAUCACACAACAUUUUAUUCAAAAAAGGUGUAAAUGUUACAUUAACACAUCUAAGAAAUAUGUAUUUACAGUUUGCAAAAAGUAAAAUAAAUAAGCUUGAAGAAUAAAAAGCAGAUAGAAAUGGAAAUGUACAGCAGCUUUGGCCACUAAUGUUUAUCAACAUCCAAACAACACGCAUCUCCGUUACUCAAACUAUAGUUUAGUAGUAAUAAAUAAACUAUGUGAAAAAAUAAAUAAUGUACUCUUCAUCUAUGGUUCAUCUACUUUUUUACAUGUAGGAAAUACAAACUGCAGUUGGCCUCCUCCGUUGGUUAAGUCAACAGCUGUGGUUCAAAAUUGCCUAAAACUGCUUGCUGCUUUGUGUCUGUCCUCACUCCCUUAAUUACAACAAUGACGCAAAUAAAAAUGUCUCCAACAUUUUCCUAUUAA